AUGCAUUCCAUGAACAAAAGACCUUCAUCAUCCAAGAUUCCAACUGGGUCAAUAGCCACCAUCAUCCCUCCGAAUAUCUCAAACACGACACCAGAGAGACAUCGAAGAACGUCCACCGAAAUAGAACAUCAAACCCACAAAGAAGGCUGGACAGUUAUCGGCCUCUCAGAACCCAUCCCCUCCAACUCCAACUCCAACUCCAUGAUCGAAUACACCCAAAAUCCCAAAACAGGGACCAACACCGAGACCAACUGCCGAAGCAACAAAAGGACCCGCCCAAUCAUAAUUUUCGAUUCGAACAACAAACUCUCCUGGGCCGAUGAGGUGAUUGAGGAAGCAGAAGAAGAACAGAAACAACAAAUAGCCGCCCAACUACUCCCCCCGUCCUCACCUCAAGCCAAACAAAUCAUUAAUAGCAAAUCAACCAAGACGCAUACCCAUCCCCAUCUUCUCUCAGCAGAACCCCUCUCCACCUCCGUCUCCAAACAAAAGCAGAAAACCAGAGACGAACAAGUGCAGCGGCGGCGGCAAAAGAACGCAGAGAAGGAACAGAGACGAACGAGGACUCAGCACGCCAACUCGAAGCUAGACGUUGAUCUGAUGACUACUACCACCACUACUCUGACCAAGAAGCUGAAGGUGGCGACGGGGAUCAAUAGAUUUUCCGUGCUGGGGCGGAGCGUGGAUUGUAUUUGA